GCGCUGUUGCAGGUGUUCCGGGAGGAUCCUGGGGCAUGGGUGGUGGCACCCAUGCACAGCGUGGUGCACAACCUGAGCAGCGUGGCGCAGGCGGCAGACCAGGAGCUGAGGCAGGCGGGGCAGCGGCCAGACAAGCUGGGCGACUGCGGCGAUCAGCUGCGCAAAUGCUUCUCUGUCAGCUUGCAAGCACCAGGCAAGCAUGACAUAGAGAAGAAGCUUGCGGCGCUGGACAUUGUCAACGUGAGCAUCAAGAUUUACUUCCGCCUCAACACGCUGCGGCUGUGCAAGAAUCUGAUGCGCACCGUGGACUCCCGGCAGUUCGCAGCUUUUGAUGCCUUCCCCAUGUCGCAGCGAGUGACGUACAAGUUCUACGUCGGGCGGCUGGCAGUUUUUGAUGAGAAGUAUGUGCAGGCACAGGACAGCCUGGAGUAUGCGCUACAUCACUGCCACAAGGAUGCACACCGCAACAAGGCGCUGAUUCUCAAAUAUCUAGUGCCGGUCCAGCUGCUAUUGGGGCGGCUGCCAUCGCCGGCGCUGGUUGCUGCGCACGGCCUGCAGCAGUAUGAGCCCAUCAUUAUCGCCAUGCGGAACGGCGACAUCAAGCUAUUCAACGACAUCAUGGAUGCACAACAGUUCCGCUUCAUUCAGGAGGGCACUUACCUGCUGCUCGAGAAGCUGCGAUACGCUGCUUAUCGGCGGCUCCUGCGCAAAGUGUGCGGCGUGCACGCCGAGAUGGAGCCCCACAAGCGCACGCAGAUACCACUGCCUCAAUUUCAGGCAGCACUGGCAUUCCAGGGAGUGGAGCUGGACAUGGACGAGGUGGAGUGCGUGGCUGCCAACCUGAUCUUCCGCAAGUACAUCAGGGGUUAUUUAAGUCAUGCACAUAAAGUCCUCGUCGUUGCAAAGAAUGAACCUUUCCCGCCGUUGCGCAGUGCUGCGCUGGCGGACUUGUGA